UCCCUCCUCCCCUCCCUCAUCCCUCCUCCCCUCCCUCAUCCCUCCUCCCCUCCCUCAUCCCUCCUCCCCUCCCUCAUUCCUCCUCCCCUCCCUCAUCCCUCCUCCCCUCCCUCAUCCCACCCACUCCAUUCCCUAAAAAUGCAACACGACUCAGCAGGCAUGGAUUCCUCCACCAUGAAGAAGACCCAAACAGCCCAGACCACCCAAACCUACGGCGACGACGCCCAACUCGCCGCCCUCGGCCACCACCGCGAACUCAACCGCUCCUUCUCCCCCCUCUCCAUGCUCGGCCUCUGCUUCGCCAUCCUCAACUCCUGGACCGCCCUCGCCGCCUCCCUCUCCCUCGCCCUCUCCUCCGGUGGCCCCUUCUCCGUAAUCUGGGGCCUCAUCACAGCCGGCAUCUGCAACCUCGCCCUCGCUGCCUCCCUCGCUGAGUUCCUCUCCGCGUACCCGACGGCGGGCGGGCAGUACCACUGGGUCGCUGUUAUUAGUUGGAAGAAGUGGGUGCCGAUCUUGAGUUGGGUGACGGGGUGGAUUAAUGUUUCUGGUUGGAUCGCGUUGGUUGCUUCGGGGGGGUUGUUGGGGAGCCAGCUUAUUAUUGGGGUUAUUUCGCUGAUGAACCCGCCGUAUGUGCCGCAGCGGUGGCAUCAGUUCCUCAUCUACAUCGGCUACAACAUUGUUGCGUUCCUCAUCAACACCUUCCUCACACGCAUCCUACCCACCGUCACCAAAGCCGCCCUCUUCUGGUCCAUAACCGGCUUCGUCGUGAUAUCCAUCACCGUCCUCGCCUGCGCCUCUCCCAACUACUCACCCCCCGACUUCGUGUUCCGCGAAUUCAUCAACGAAACGGGGUGGCCUGAUGGAAUCGCCUGGUUGCUUGGACUUCUUCAGGCGGGUCUAGGACUCACCGGCUUUGACGCGGUGGCGCAUAUGAUUGAGGAGAUUCCGAAUGCUGCUGUUGAGGGCCCGAAAAUCAUGAUUGCUUGUGUGGCGAUUGGGGUUUUCACGGGCUUCGUCUUCCUCACCGUCCUCCUCUUCGUCGCGGGCGACGUGCAGGAGGUUAUCAAUUCGGCGGCGGGUCCUAUGUUGGCUAUCCUCUACAACGCCACAGGCAGCAAGGCCGGCUCCAUCUGUCUCCUAAUCUUCCCCCUAGUCUGCCUCCUCUUCGCAACAACAAGCAUAAUGACCACCUCCUCGCGCAUGACCUACGCCUUCGCGCGCGACGGCGGCCUCCCCGCCUCCCGCUUCUUCGCCAAGGUCCACCCGCGCCUCGACCUCCCCCUCAACGCUUUGUACCUCACUACCGCCCUCGUCGUGGUGUUUGGGUGCAUCUUCCUCGGGUCGAGUAGCGCGUUUAAUGCGAUUAUCUCGGCGAGUGUGGUGGCCCUGGGAGUGAGUUACGGGAUCCCCAUCGCGAUUAACUGUCUCAGGGGCCGCAAUAUGCUGAGGCCGAGACCGUUCGUGCUGCCAGAAUGGUUGGGGUGGGCGGCUAAUCUGAUCGGACUGGCGUAUGUCGCUGUUACGACGGUGUUGUUUUUGUUUCCGCCGGUGUUGGAGGUUACAGGGAGUAACAUGAAUUACUGCGUUGUGGCGUUCUUCCUCAUAUUCGUCAUCGCCACGAUCCAAUGGUUCGUCGAUGGCCGCAAGAACUUUAAGGGGCCGAAGUUUGAUGCGCAUGCGCUUGAGCAUGGAGAGGUUAUUGGGAUGCCGAGGGUGGCCGGGGGGGGGAGGGGGAGUGGGGGGACGGAGGGGACGGUGGUGGAGGAGAAGGGGAAGGAGGGGGAGUAG